AUGUCGCUGCAUGCUUCUUCAAUGUUUCAUGAUGGCGUCUCCUGUGAUGGCUGUAUGAAUCCUAAUUUCUCGGGGAACCGCUACAAGUGCCUGCGCUGCUACGACUUUGACCUAUGCCAGAAUUGCUACACAGCGAAGCGAUAUAACCCUCAGGUGACCCAGGAUCGAGAGGGCAACAUCCAGCCCCACCUCGAGUCCCACCCGGUGCUCUGUAUUUUGUCGCAGCGCGACUUUGAAGCCAUAUAUGAAGGGGAUAUGACGAAGAACUACGAUACUUGCAAAGUUGCCAUAUUUACAUGCCCGUACUGUGGGGCGAGUGGGUUUAAGACGGGGACGUUCUACGAGCACAUUCAAAGAGAGCACUCGGAGCCGGUUCCGAAUUUUACUGUGAACUGCCCUCUUUGCAUCGCAUGUCCAGACUUUGAUGCAAAUCGCGAAGUGGAAAAUCUCUAUGCUCACUGGACGAGUAUGCAUGGCGGCCACCCCGGCAUUGUCCCCCGCGAACCUACCACCAGGAACAGUAGAAGACCAGUGCUGGCCAGGAGGACACCAAGGAACCCGGCCGGGAGCCACACGAAUCAGCGUCGACAAACCGCUCAACGAAGUCUUCAACGCAUGUAUGGAGCGGAUAUGAUGGGCGAUACGACGAUAAACGGCCAAAAUAUUGGAGCUCCGCCGGUGAACAUGGGCGGAUUUAGUACAGCGGCGGCUGCUGCAGCAGCUGCGGCCGUGCCUUGGUCGAGUGAACUUGUUGAUGUUGAUGAUAUGUUCCGGACUUCGAUGAAUAGAAAUCUCUUUGCCCCCAGCAAUGAUUCAGCCCUUUUCCAAGCUAGGGUAUUGGCUGGAUCUUCCGGAAGUGCUAUCGCUAGAGGAUUACUACGCACCGGAACUACAAAUGAAUAUGCUGCCCCAUCUUCCUCCAGACAAACCUCAAGAAAUGCCACGACUGUACAGGUCAUCCACUCCGGUACCGUAACCCCCAUCUACCCCCAAGGCUCCGAGAGUAUGAUCGGACUCCUCGAAUAUGACGCCGAUUUCUUGGAUGGGUUUGAUGAGGAGGAUUUUGAGCUGGAGAGCUUGGGAGAAGGAUCAGAUGAGGCUCCUCAUCUAGUGCCCCAAAACGUCGAGCCAGAGCCGGAAAUCUCCGUCGCAGAGCCGGCAUUACCCAGUAAUUAUGAUGAUGAUGACUCAACCGACCCGCUCUACAAGUACGGCUCGUUGACAGCCUCUCAAAUAGCCGCACUGCCUGAUGAUGUGGAGAAUCCGGUUUUAGCCCUCCGAAAAGUCUGCUCCGACACGGAAUGGGCGGCCCUUCAGCGCAUCGCCAACCCUGUUCUAGAUGACGAGGGCCGAGAUCCUCACCCGACCACGAAGAGGCUUGUUCCGGGCCUGAAAAACGACGACCGCGAAGACCCACAAUGCUGGUUGACAGUGAAUUUUGACACUAGCCAGUUGCAGUUUGCCCGAAACACCAACUAUUGGAGGGAUACAAGAUAUUUGAGGAGAAAAAUGCUCAAUCGUGAACUCUCCAACGGAGCUGAGAAAGAGCAUGCUGGGCCCCAGGUCGAGAUCUCGGAGUCGAUCUUGAGGGAGCUGGUCCCCUCAGAAGUGCUGGAUCGGGAGCUCGACCCGAUGUCAGUCGGUGUCCGCCGAGCCACAGAACAAUUCGAUUUUUCUUUCAUUUGCAAUUCAAGGAACCCCUUGCUCAAGCAACAAGUGGAGGACGAGCCUAAUGCAAAAACCGAGAUCAUUGCCGAGAUGUCAAAAUGUGAGGAGGAGCUGUUUAAGGAUGAUGCUAAUGGCUCGCCGCUUGGGCUCAAGGAAUUAAAAAUUUAUGAGACCUCCGAUGAAGAGUCCGAAGAAGUGCAAUCAACCGACAAUAUCGUC